AUGGAAGCUAAGUGUGCUUUUCUUCUUGCACUAAUUGCAUGCCUUGAAAUUGUGUGCAUUGAGGGCAGGCCAUUUUGGCCGAAGAACAAAGAGUUGAUCAGCACAAUUGAAGCUAACCCUAAAAGGGAAUUGGGAGAGAAAGGCAGCCAACCCACACCCCCUAAUCACAUUGCUAGUCCCAUGGCACCUGAUCAUGAUUCAAUUUCAGGUACUCAUGCCGCAUACAAAGAUGAUUUUAGACCUACAACACCAGGAAACAGCCCUGGUGUUGGUCAUAAAUUCACAAACAAAAGAGAGCAACCAGCAAAAGCUAGGAAUUUGGUUACUGCAGGAAGGCCCACAGCACCUGGUCACAGCCCUGGUGUUGGCCAUGUUCUUCAA